AUGGUAUUUCUCGACAUCGAACAUCAAACAAGCGAAGCACCUACAUGGGACAAAAUAUCAUCUACUGCACAUUCUGAUGCAGAAAGGUGCUGCCAAGAGCACCACUGGGAAUUACCGGCCUUCUAUCAAACAAUUUGGGCGAUUGUUUUAAAUCGCUUCACCGGAUCCCAAUGUGUGACGUUUGCUGUCAACACUGCACACAGCAACAGGCUCUCACAGCUAUGCGAAAGCACAAUCGACCUAGAGACCUCGAUGGUCGAGUUGAUGGGAAGUCAACAUCCGAAUAUUUCAAACGUGACAAAUGCCGAUUUGAACUGCGAGACUGGCGUUCUGUUUGACCUGCGUGAUGGUGAAAGUUUCAGUGGAAAGGAGUUUCCCUCGCCCCUCCAGACCGUGCUCUGCAUCGAGGGUUCUGGAGUAUCGUUGCUACACUCCUCGGGCAUGCCAUCAUGGCACGCACAAAAUCUCAUAUCCACUGUCCAAAAAGCGAUAGAAGAGAUUUUCCAGCACCCCGGUCAAUUGAUCAAAAACCUCGAUCUCUUUAGUGACCGCAACCAAGUGCAAUUAAGUCAAUGGCAUGAGCAACCUCUCGUUGAGAACCUCGCUCCUAUGGUAGAAACCAUUCAACGGCAUGCCUCUGAGCGCCCAACCCACCAAGCAAUUUGCGCUUGGGAUGGUACUCUCACAUACGCCGAGCUGGACAACGUCACUACCCAAUUGGCACAUCGGCUGCUGGCACUGGGGGUUGGAGAAGGUGACAUGGUGCUUUUGGGAUUCGAAAAGUCGAUGUAUACCCAUGUGGCCUUAGUUGCAAUCCUCAAAGUUGGCGCCAUUUUCGUCCCAGUCAGCCCGAAAUAUCCCAUGCCCCGAAUCCAAGCGAUUGUUGAUGCAACGAAUCCCCGUCUUGCCUUCACCUCAGCCGAAUUCACCUCUAUAUUUGAAGGAGUUCCGGUGCAAACUGUGGCAUUGGAUUCAACCUAUAUUCAAAACUUACCCACGACUGACCAAUUUACUCGCACUCUCUCCCCGAUUACUCUUGAUCAAACGGCGUUCGUGAUAUUCACAUCUGGAAGCACCGGGAAGCCGAAGGGGUGCGACAGCCCGCAUCGAGCGCUGGCAGCUAUGAUCAACCAAGGCCCGGCCUUCCAGAUGCAUCCCUCCAGUCGGGUGUUGCAAUUUGCCCCGACCAUUUUCGGCGCGUCCUCAAUCGACAUGUACCUCCCUCUCCUUGUUGGAGCGACAAUUUGCGUUCCGUCACAAUACGAUUUGAUGAACAAACUGGAGGACUCGAUGAAGCGCUUCGAGGUGACCUUUGCCUGCAUGACCCCAUCCGCUGUCAGCAAUGUCAAUCCCACACAGGUGCCGGGACUGGAAACCUUGUGUCUGGUUGGCGAGUCACUUGGCCAGGCAAUCCGAAAGAAAUGGGAGACACGGCUGAAUCUCAAGUCAGGCUACGGUCUUUCCGAGGGAGUGGGUAUCGCCUGUGUGUCCUCCCUGGAUUCCUCGACCCAUGCGCGGAAUAUUGGUGUGCCGCCAGUCGCGCGGAUUUGGCUUGCAGAACCAUCGAAUUUCCAGAACCUUGCCCCCGUAGGAUCGAUCGGCGAGAUGAUGAUUCAAGGGCCAUAUGUCGGGCAUGGAUAUAUCAACGAUCCAGAAAAGACAUCUGCCGUGUUUUUGAAACCGCCCAAAUGGUCCCAGGGUUCGACCGUCGCGAAGAACCCCUCCCGCAUCAUCAGAACUGGCGAUCUAGCAAGAUAUCAACCUGACGGCUCACUCGUGUACGUUGGUCGUAAGGACACGCAGGUCAAAAUCAGGGGAAAACGCGUCGAAGUGGGCGAAGUCGAGGGUGCAAUUCGGCUCCACCGGCGGCCUGACGAAGUGGUGAUUGUGGAAGCAGCGUGCCCACUAGGGUUGGAAGAUACACCUACGAUGGUGUGCUUCAUUUACUCACCCGAUCACCCAGAAAAUUCAAUUACCUCUCUUUCUGCACUGAGACCCCCGAGUGCUGAAUUCCAAGCCCAGGUUGCAGGACUCGAUACCCACAUGCGCGCGACGCUGCCGGAAUGGAUGACUCCCAGCGUCUACAUGCCACUUGCUUACAUCCCGAAGACUGCCUCCGGGAAGACCGAUCGUCGCGCUCUGCGACAACUCAUUUCGGAAAUGACUUGGCAGGAGAUGGAAAUCUACCUACAGGCUAAGGACGAGCCGCGUGCGGAGCCACAAACCGAUGUUGAAAAGCGCAUCCACGGGCUUUUUGCUCAAGUUCUUCAGCGUCCUUUGGACUCAUUUGGAAUCCACGAGCAGUUCCUUCGUCUUGGUGGGGACUCUAUUAAGGCUAUCGCCCUUGUCCAGCGCUGUAAGAAGGCUGAUAUGACUCUGAACCUUGCGCAAAUCAUGGAAACCGGCACAGUUUCCCAGCUCUCCAAGCUAGUGCCCAAGCCCUGGAAGGCUGUUGCAAACAGUAUCAAUCAGAAGACUUUACCGACAGCUGCCGUUUCUGACCGUUUGAAGGAUCUCGGUGUCUCUAUGGGGGAUGUUGAGGAGACAGGUCUAUGUUCUUCCAUGCAAGAGGGUAUGCUUAUCAGUCAAUUGAAAAACCCACAUCAACACGCGAUUCGAGUGCUCUAUGACGUCCGUCUGCAGAAAGACGAUUCCAACUUGGACAUCGACCGAUUGAAGAUGGCAUGGAAGCAACUAACGCAGCGUCAUCCCAUGUUGCGCACAAUUUUCGUGAUUAACGUGACAUCACAAGUCUUUGCAGUUCGCGUUCAGUUGAGCACGGGCUCAUCACCUCGGGUUCAUCUAUAUGAGGAAAAGAGUGGUCAAGACAUUCAAAGUCGACGCCAAAAUCACCGCCCGCCUACCGCAUUGCCACAACUAUCGCUGCAUGUCACACCUGGUGGUCGAGUCACGGUUGAGCUAGAAAUCACUCACGCAGUAACCGAUGGCAUGUCCAUGUCUAUCAUAACACGCGAUCUUAGCAUGCUGUAUAAUGGCCGGCAGCUCCCUCCCUUAUCUUUCAAAUUCUCUGACUACUUGAAUCACCAAAUGACGACGCGCAAGCCAGACUCUCUAUCAUAUUGGAAGAAGUACCUGGAUGGUCUUGACUCAAGUCAAUUCCCAACAAUGAACGGCGAUGCUUCCGGUCAGGAUCUUGUUAAGCCUGAUGGUCACGGAUUCAUGACCGUGCCCGUGGACUUUGGACCUGCAGAGCAAUACAAGACUUUUGGACAGGAGACGGGAGUCACAUUGGCAAGCGUGGUCAAACUGGCAUGGUCCCUUGUUCUGCGUGUGAUGUGCCGUACGGACGAUGUCUGCUUCGGCUAUCUGACAGCCGCUCGUGAUGCACCCAUCGAGGGUGUGAUGGAUGGAGUUGGGCCUUUGAUCAACCUCAUGAUAUGUCGCCACCAGUUCGAGCAGAACGUCACUGUUCAGCGCGCACUGAAAGCCAUCCAGUCGGACUUUGUCAGCAGUUUGCCGCAUCGAGACGUGUCCCUUCGUGAUAUCCGGCGGGUCAUGGGCCUGAAGAGCGACGAAGCUAUGUUCAAUACCUGUAUCACACAGUUCCCAAUUGCCGGCCAACAUGAUAUGGAUGACACGCUCAUGUCGCUUCAAGAGGUGGAGCGGGAAGAUCCCACCGAGUUUGAUAUUGGUGUUGAGAUUCUGGUCGAGGACGACGAGAUCACAUCAAAGAUCAAAGCUUACACUGAGUUGAUUCCGAUUGAACAAAUCAAACAAGUGGCCUGCUUGUUUGGGCAUGCCUUGACGACUAUCAUCUCGAAUUUCCACAGUGAUGUGGGCGACCUUGGGCUAGUAUCAGACGAGGACCGUGCCAUGAUCCAAAAGUUGAACAGCAAGGCACCACAGCCUGUGAACCAAUGCGCCCAUGAAGUUAUCCGGGAGAUUUCCAAGGCUCAGCCCGCUGCACAGGCUGUGUGUGCUUGGGAUGGAAACUGGACAUAUGAGGAACUGGACCGCGUUUCAUCAUACCUAGCAAGACGUCUUCAGCUACAAGGGGUGAUCCUGGAGGCUUUCGUUCCGGUCUUGAUGGAAAAGAGCCGUUGGGUUCCUGUGGUUCUGCUCGCAAUUCUGAAAUCUGGUGGUGCAUUCGUCCUCUUGGACCCCUCGCAGCCCAUCUCGCGAUUGCAGGGCAUCUGUGCCGAUCUAAAGCCCGGUAUUGUGGUGGCAUCACCAGAGCACCAAGCGACUGCGUCGGCAAUCGUUGGCAAUAUCAUCACUGUCUCCGACGAUGAAAAAUUGAGAGAUGAUACGGAAGAAAUCAAUCCUCCAGUGGAAGUUGGCCCAAGAAAUACAGCAUAUGCAGUUUUCACAUCCGGAUCUACAGGCAAGCCAAAGGGGGUGGUUAUCGAGCAUCGGUCUCUCUGUACAACCGCCGCCGCUAUGAGAGUGCAUUCCCCCAUGAACAGCAACACUCGGAUGUACCAGUAUGCUUCACAUGCAUUUGACGUAAGUGUCUUAGAUCUCAUGAUUUGUCUCAUGGCCGGAGGAUGCCUUUGCAUCCCAUCUGCCGCGGAUAGGCAAAAUCGUCUAUUGGAGAGUUUGAAUGAGUUCAAUGCCAAUUUCGUGGCCCUAACCCCUACCGUGACUCGGACCUUGCAACCAGAGCGAUUGACCUCGCUCAGAACUCUGAAUGUUGGCGGAGAGGCACUUUCGCCUUCGGACGUUCAACGCUGGAGUGCGGUACCCCACAUUCAGAUAAUCAAUAUGUACGGGCCAGCGGAGUGUACAAUCAACGUCACAGUCAGUGGUCCCGUUACCCUCCAGACACCCUCUGGAAGUAUUGGUUACUCUAUGUGCAACUCCCUUGCAUGGAUUGUGGACCCUCAAAACCAUUCCAGGCUGCUCCCAGUUGGAGCAGUUGGUGAACUGGUCAUCCAGGGCCCAGUCGUAUCUCGCGGCUACCUCAACCAACCAGAACAAACAGCAGAAUCUUUCGUUGCACCGCCGGCAUGGCUAUCACAGUACAUGCAGGUAGGACCUGACGAAAGACUGUAUAAGACUGGAGACCUUGUCCAGUACGCCCCUUGUGGUUCUCUGUUAUACAAAGGACGAAAGGACUUCCAAGUCAAACUUCGUGGUCAACGAUUUGAACUUAGUGAAGUUGAAGAGCAUCUCCGUCGCGUGUUCCCAAGCGCAUCAGAUGUCAUUGCCGAGGUUGCUGCUCUGCCGCAAGGCAAAACAAAAGCUUUAGCCGCGUUCAUCUACAGGAAGGCCUGGGAUUCAUCCCAGAUACCCACCAGUGAGGAUAAGGAUGUUGAUCUGCUCCAUCCUCCCUGUGAGGCAUUUGACAUUGCAGUGAAUGAGGCCAGGGCCGCUUUAGCCGAUGCACUCCCGAGCUACAUGGAGCCCACGAUAUAUCUACCACUGGCUCACAUCCCUCGAUCGCGUAGUGGUAAAGCUGAGCGUGGUCAGCUACGACAAAUGAUUACUUUGGGGCUGCAUGAGAAGUGGGGGAGCGACGCACACGCUGUGACGGCCAAACAAACACCGCGCAACGAAGCUGAGUCCCUGCUGUGCAGUAGUGUCUCCGAAGUUAUUGGUCUUACGGAAGAUAUGAGCAUGAACGACAAUUUCUUCCGUCGUGGGGGUGACUCGGUGGCGGCUAUGAUGUUGGUUGGAAUGCUGAGAGAACGAGGUUAUCAACUCACUGUUGCACAUGUGUUUGAGAACCCUCGCCUAGACGUGUUGGCGACGAAAAUGACUCGUGCCACUCUUUCAAGCGGUGCCAACGUUCCUCAACAGUUUGCCCUUCUGGGGGAGGCGGACGGUAUUGACUCUCACCGGGCGGCUGUUCGUCAAGCUGCCGAGCAGUGCAAGGUUGCCGAGGACGACAUUGAGGAUAUAUAUCCUUGUUCCCCCCUUCAACACUCAUUCUUCCUCUACAGCACGUUGAAGAAAGGGACACUUCUUGCCAGAUUUGCGUACAACCUGCGCCCAUCCGUUGAUCUUGAUCUGCUGCGAAAGGCUUGGGACAAUGUCACCAAGGCACACCCGCAAUUGCGGACGAGGAUCAUCCGAGUCGAGGGUCAGGAUACUAUGCAUCAGGCAGUUCUCCGCCGUGGGGCUGAAAUGGAGUAUUACCAGCCUCCCACCGAGGACUUGUCCGAUUACGUUCCCGACCUGCCAAUCGAACCUGCCCCCGGAAAGCCUUUGUUAAGGGUUGCUCUUUUGCGUCGACCGCGAUCUGACCAGCACCGUUUCCUCGUCAGCCUUCAACACUCUCUAUAUGAUGGUUGGUCUCUGAUGCUGCUGAUGCAAGAGCUAGAAAAAGCCUACGCUGGCGUCUGUUUGCCGCAUACCCCUGUCUCUCCUUUCAUCGGGUAUUUGGAAAAGACCGAAAAUGCGGCUAAGACAUUUUGGACUGAGCAGCUACAAGAUUUGCGAGCUUCCUUCUUCCCCGAGCUACCGUCACCGACCCAUACUCCCCACCCGAGCGAGGUUUUGACCCGAAGCGUGGAGAUUCCAAAAGUUGAAUCACCUCAAAUUACACUUUCUACCAAAAUUCGCUGGGCGUGGGCCCAGGUGAUUUCUCACCUCACUAGCAACUCAGAGGUGGCGAUCGGAAUGGGUACAGCUGGACGAGGAACCCCAGUCACGGGGAUCGAGAAGAUGGUUGCGCCAACAAUGGCCAUUUUCCCUUACCGUCUUCACAUCGAUGGAACUCAAUCCGUCAUCAGUGCGCUCCAUGACGCUCAGCAUCAGUACAGCCAGAUCCUGCCGCACGAGCAUUACGGCAACCCAAAUAUCUGUCGACUGGCAACUGGUCCAACACCUGCUGCAGCAUUGCAAACGCUCCUCAUUGUUCAGCCCAAGGGACCCGAGGCCCCGUCCACGCUGUACUCUGAGCAAGAGCUUCUCCCACAGACUGGGGCAUUCCAUGUUCGUGCACUGACGCUCCACUGCCACCUCCAGGAGUCGUCGGUUGAGACCCUCGCCUGCUACGAUAAGGCGGCAAUCUCAGAGGAAGAGAUGCUUCGCGCUAUUCACUUGUUCGACAGGGUCUUUGAACAGAUUUGCAUGGAACCUGAUACCCUUGUUGGAGACUUACACAAGGCUCUGUUUGCGUGA